AUGAACGUGGUGGCGGAGAUCCAGCGGUUAAAUGAGCGCGAGCUGGAGCUGAAUGUGCCUCUAUCGGGAUCGUGGCACCAGAAGUACAGCGAAUCUGCAUGGGUCUUUGUCGGUGGCCUGCCCUUUGAGCUGUCGGAAGGCGACGUGCUGUGCGUGUUGAGCCAAUUUGGCGAGAUUGAGGACAUCCACCUGGUGCGCGAUGGAAAGACCGGAAAGUCCAAGGGCUUCGUCUUCAUCAAGUUCGAGGACCAACGCAGUACCAUCCUGGCGGUGGACAAUUUGAAUGGCUUCAAGCUGCUGGAGCGCGUGCUGCGUGUGGAUCACGUGCUUAAAUACAAACUGCCCAAGGAGCUGCAGGAAGACAGCGACUCGGAGGACGAGGAAGAAAAGAAGCAGCGCGGCCUGCCUGGUCACGCCUACGAAGGCAAAGAGUUAGCGUCCGACUUUGAUCUGCACAAGGGUGUGGACAAUAUAUUUGAACAAGUACAGAAGAGGCGGCAGGAACAGCGACUUAAAGAAGAGAGGGAGGCAGUACAGAGGGAGGAGGAAAGUGAAGCCCCACAGCCAAGUGCCACUGGAUGGAGAGGCAGAUUGGAGCCCUCAGCUCCGCAACCUAGACGCGAUAACGAUAGGAAACGGCAAGGUGAGGAAAGAGAAAAAAGGGAAGACAAGAGCUUUGGAGGCAUGAGUCGCACUCGCUAA